UGAAUUCUCUCUCUCUCUCUCUCACUUCUUUUUCGCGCCUCUGGACCUCAAGGUUCUCCUUUUCCCGUUUCUCACAUCACUUUUUGUCUUCUCAUCCCACCUUCUUUUCGUCUUUUUUCUUCCUUCUCGCCCUAGUAAUUGGACGGCCUGUGAUCUACAUUGAACAAGCCAUUCCCACUUUAAGCCCUUUCUCCCCCUUAUUUUUAACUGGUGUAGAAGCGAACACAUAGUGCACACACGACACUACAACCUUUUAUAACUCUUGCAAGUUACAUGACCGCUCAUACUAGCGUAAUGACGGAUCGACGCAGUGGGAUGAUCCCGUCGUUGGGCUAUCCACAGACCAGCACGAUCGUCAGUCGAGCAGUGGCUGCUGCUGCUGCAAACAACCACCACCACUCCACUCGACGCGGCGGCAGAAGCUCGAAACGCUAUUCCGUAUCAGCGUUCUAUUCCAUGGCAGCUGAACAGGACGUCGAAGUCGAAGACGAACUGGCACAGGCUCAACGUACAUUGCGUGAUAUGAAAUCCAAGAUAUCAGCACAGUCGAAAAAGAACUUUAUGCUCGAACGCGAUGUCCGGUUCCUCGAUUCGCGAAUCGCCUUACUAAUUCAAAACCGAAUGGCAUUGGAUGAGCAAAACGAAGUUGCUUCGCAUUUGGAAGAACACGACGACGACAACGAUGACCAUUAUCCAGAUGAUCGAAGAAUGCAGCAAUAUGGGAACCUAUUCUUCUUGCUACAAAGCGAGCCUCGCCAUAUCGCAACGCUGUGUCGUUUGGUGAGCCUAUCUGAAAUCGACACGUUGUUACAAACAGUGAUGUUUACGCUGUAUGGUAAUCAGUACGAAAGUCGUGAAGAGCAUCUCUUAUUGACCAUGUUCCAGAAUGUGCUUGCAGCCCAGUUCGAGACGACAGCAGAAUUCACGUCGUUGUUGCGAGCAAACACACCCGUAUCACGCAUGAUGACCACAUACACACGACGCGGACCUGGCCAGUCGUAUCUAAAGUCUGUUCUGUCGGACAAAAUCAAUGAUCUGAUUGAACGAGAAAAUUUAAACUUGCAGAUCAAUCCACUCAAGGUUCAAGAGGAAAUCAUUGAACGUGCGGAAAUGGAGAGCGGGGGCGAAUCAGGCAUGACCAAGAGUGCAUCGGCUGAAGAGGCUGCAGCUGAUCCAAACGUCAAGGCAUUGAUCGAACCUCGUCUACAACGACUCAUUGACCUUGCCAACUCAUUUUUGAGCACCAUCAUCAACUCACUCGACCAAGUGCCCUAUGGUAUCCGGUGGAUCUGUAAACAGAUCCGGUCACUGACGAAACGCAAGUACCCUGAUGCCAGCGAAUAUGCUAUAUCGUCCUUGAUCGGUGGAUUUUUCUUUCUACGUUUUGUGAACCCUGCUAUUGUGACGCCCCAAGCUUACAUGCUGGUUGAUGGCAAUCCGAGCAAUCACGCGCGCACAACCUUGACCCUGAUUGCCAAAAUGUUACAAAACCUUGCAAAUAAGCCAACGUACGCCAAGGAAGCAUACAUGAUCCCCACGAACCCAUUCGUCGAAAACAACAAGGCACGCAUCAACAAGUUUUUGAACGACCUAUGCGAAGUAGGCGAUUUCUACGAGUCGUUGGAAAUGGACCAAUACAUGGCACUUUCAAAGAAGGACAUUAUGAUCAGCAUCACGCCCAACGAAAUUUACAACACACAAGCGUUGCUUCAACAGCACAUUGACAUCUUGGCAGCAAAAGAGACGGAUCACUUGCGCAUUCUUGUGACAGAGGUAGGCCCGGCGCCGCCUCAAGUCCCUAGAAAAGACAACAAGCCUAUCGAGCUGCCGUUAUUUAGUCGAUGGGAGAUGCCUAUCCAAGAUCUCACAACGACGCUCAUGUCGGAAAACAAUAUUACACAAAACGAUAUCUUGUACAUGGAGGCCAAGGCUAUUUUUGUACAGUUGAUCCGUUCGCUGCCACACCUAGCACGCAAACCAUUGAACUUGCAGCGCAUCGCUGAGACGGCUGGUACCGCCAAUGACGCCCAACUUGUGCGCAAGGGAAUCAAGGUCAAGGAAAUGUUACGGGAACUCGAAGAAGCGGGUGUCACGGAUCGACGCGACGGGUAUCGGUUGCUUGUUGAGGAAAUUACACAAGAGUUACAGCACCUUGGCGAUCUGAAAGUCAAAGUGAUGGAGGAAAUGCAUUCGCUCGAGAGCGUCUAUCAAACGAUCCAAGAUCACAACAAUUAUCUAAAGAGUCAGCUCGAAAGCUACAAGGCCUAUUUGCAGAAUGUCCGCAUUCAGAGUGGUGGAGGCGACAAGUCCAACAAGAAGCAGGUCGGCAUUGGUGUCCAGGUCACCGAGGGCAAAGUCAAGCAAAAGGUUGGCAAAACACAUAUGCAGGGUCCUGUCAAGUACACGCACCAGCAGCUUGAACGUGAAGGAAUCAUUGCCGAGACUGAGGUGCCAGAGUAUAGACGGAGCAACAUUUUCUUGACAAUCUCGUCCCCUAUUCCAGGGACUUUUAUUAUAUCGUUACACUAUAAAGGUCGAGACAAGCCCAUUCUGGAAAUCGAUCUGAAAUUGGAUGAUCUAUUGGAGAAGCAACAGGAUAAUGUGCACUUAUUAGACCUUGAAUACAUCAAACUGAAUGUUUCCAAGACGCUGCAGCUGCUCACCAAGACAUUCAUGGCCAAGAACAAAACCGGCUUCUUUUCCUAAAGUUAUCUUCCUCUAAUCUUCUCUACCCAUACACACAUUCUUCUUUAUCGCUCCAACUUGCCCGCCCCCCCCUUUUGAAUACCUACAAAAAUUCCGUCAUACUCCAUUAUUUUGUCGCCAUCAUGCAAAAACCCAGCAGUUAGUAUGCUUCCUGCAGACAGCAUAGUAGUAGGAAGACUUAAUCACCAUCAUCACCACUCGCCCCCCCCCACCUCCAUUACUACUCCAGCACCGUACCCCACCCCUCCGUAUAUAUACAUUACAAAGUACAUUUUUGUUUCUAUGACUAUUUUAAGAUCUUAUUUCAUAUUCAACGUAAAACAAAACAAGAGACUUACGAGCCCACAAAAAAGAAUGCUUAUAAUU